AUGAGACUCUCUUUACUAGCUGCGCCGUUGCUGGCGGCGUCUGCCCUUGCAAAGGCGAACCUGCCUGCCCUUCCUGCUGAUCUGACGACGCCGUUCCAGCAGCGUCUUGCUAUAUACGGGCCCAAUGCCGUGUCUAUCGGAUGGAAUACGUAUACCCAGCUGAACCAGUCCUGCGUGGAGUAUGGCACCUCCAGUAGCAAGCUCGACAAGCGCUCCUGUGCCAGCGCGUCCACCACGUAUCCCAGCUCUCGCACGCACGAGAACGUGGUCAUCCUCGACGGCCUCACUGCCGGCAUCCCAUACUACUACAAGAUCGUGUCCACCAACUCCAGCGUCGACCACUUCCUCAGCCCUCGCUCGCCCGGCGACAAGACCGCUUUCAGCAUCAACGCCGUCAUCGACCUCGGCGUCUACGGGCAAGACGGCUUCACAAUCGAAGGCGACAAGACCAAAAAGGACGUCAUCCCCAGUAUAGACCCAUCGCUGAACCACACCACAAUCGGCCGCCUCGCCAACACAGUCGACGACUACGAAUUCAUCAUCCACCCGGGCGACUUCGCCUACGCUGACGACUGGAUACUCACCCCGGCGAACCUCCUCGACAGCGAAAACGCCUACCAAGCAAUCCUAGAGAACUUCUACACGCAACUCGCCCCCAUCGCCGGCCGCAAGCCCUACAUGGCCAGCCCGGGGAACCACGAGGCCGCAUGCCAGGAAAUCCCAUUCACGACGGGCCUGUGCCCAGACGGCCAGAAGAACUUUACGGACUUCAUGCACCGCUUUGGAAACACCAUGCCUUCCUCGUUCCCGUCGGUGUCGACGAAUAACUCGGCCAAGGUGCUUGCGAAUAAAGCGCGCGAACUCGCCCAGCCGCCCUUUUGGUAUUCCUUCGAGUAUGGUAUGGCUCAUAUCGUUAUGAUCAACACCGAGACGGACUUUGAAGAUGCCCCUGAUGCUCAGGGUGGAUCGGCCGGUCUAGGCGCUGGUCCAUUCGGCGCAAAAGACCAGCAGCUACAGUUCCUCGAGGCCGAUCUGGCAAGUGUAGACCGGUCGGUCACGCCGUGGGUUAUCAUCGCCGGACAUAGGCCGUGGUAUACAGCCGGGUCAGGCUGCAAGCCAUGCCAGGAGGCGUUCGAGGAUAUAGUGUACAAGUACGGCGUGGACCUGGGCGUAUUCGGGCACGAGCACAACUCGCAGCGCUUCCUGCCUGUUUACAACAGCAACCCUGAUCCCAAUGGGAUGCAGGAUCCCAAGGCGCCGAUGUAUAUUGUCUCUGGGGCGGCGGGGAAUAUUGAGGGUCUGUCGUCGAUCUCGAGUAAGCCGGAUUUUACCCAGUUCUCGGAUGAUGAGAGUUAUGCGUAUGCGACGAUUUCGUUUGUGGAUGCGAAUCAUCUCAAGAUUGUCUUUCUGGAUGUGGUUUCUGGCGAGGUUUUGGAUCAGAGUACCUUGUUUAAGAGCCAUAAGGAGAGGUUUGUGAGGCAGUAG